AUGCCUGAGGGCGCCGACCUCCAGCCAAACAGUGGUCGCCACCAGCGAGUAAGCGCGGCCAGUGCAACGGGUCGGUCUUCUUCGCCUGCUGGAGGGACUGACCGUGGUCUUCCGGGCGAAUACAAGAAAGGGGAUGUGCCUCGGGAUGUCUCGCCGGGAGAAGUCGAACGCCUACGCGUAGCGGCGAUGAAUGCACAACUACAGCUGAAUAAACACAGAGAGAAAUUCGCUCUGCAGUUUGGAGAGAGGGCAGGGCGAAGAGGCGCGCCUGGAGCGGUAGGUGGCGAACCCCGGGUGUCCCCCAUCCAUGAGGAGACCACGUCGCCGUCCUUGGAUGCCGCCUUCAAUAGCCCGAUCUCGAGUGGUCUGGAUACGGCGUCCACAGAAUCAGCGAAGACGGUUCGAGGCGGCAUGACACCUGCUGCGAGCACGGCCAGAACACCAGCUUACCCUUUCCCCCCAAUGCGAACGCCUGGCUACCUGCCUUACAGUGCACAUCAUCCAUUCACCGGUUUAUCUCCCACAACCAGCCCAGCGAACGUGGGGGGUUCCUUGGGAGCGCCACAUGACCAGGUGUUGUCUGGUUCUACCACGCCUGCUUCGACAUUGAACUUCCACCCGGGGGACUCGUAUGAGCCCCAGGGAGAGUCGGAUUUCCCGACCCCGAAUCUUUAUGACCUGAGUCUGAUGCUGUCUGCGGAGCCUGGUUUGGAUGCUUGGUGGACGACGGUGGUCCAAUUUAUGAGAGACCUGUACAAGGCAGACCGGGUGACACUUUCAGUACCAGCAGAUUCUACGGACGUUGAAAACGUGCCUUGGGGUCAGAAAGCAACAUUCAAUGCAGUGGAGGAGGAUGGGCUGAGUUUGGCAUAUCUACCACGAGGAAGCAGUGUGGUGCCGAGCAGUGUUGGUACGAACGAGACUUCGAAUUCUGGGUACACGAAUCCUGAUGAGUCUCCACCAAUGCCGACUUCAAGGUUUGAAGCUACUCGGCCCAGCCUAUUAAGCAGACAUUCUUUUACGACCUUUGAAAGCACCAAGAUUGAGCCAACGCUCGUUCCCGAGAGCAGUCGAGCUGCUGCACCACGCCCCGCGCCUCUAGCCAGAGCCCAGAGCUACCUAUCAAGUCGUCCCGAUCCGCUCUCGCGAACCGCAGCUACACAAAAUACCCGCCUCAGCUCUCAAUCCCUGCAAGACCAUAUGGAUUAUGAGGAUUCAAAGACUGCUGCUGUUUGGGAGAACCCUCCAGCCUCGACAAGAGAGGUCCGGGGAAGAGUCUUCUCAGUGUUGCAAGCGCUGGACUAUGAAGCAGACCCUUUGAUAGAUAGCAGUGGAGUGCUGCGAGUCCUAGAGCGUGGCAAGGUCAUUGCUUUAACGCGUGACUACCCGUACCUGGAUGACCCAGGCGAGAAGAGUGGAGGUGGCAGAUCUUCACAUCCAAGUGUAAAGCCUAGAGAGCAGCUGGUUGACAAGAUCGAGAAUGGCAAAGGUCCAGACCUCGGUUCACGAAUUUCAUCAUUCCUGGAUGGCAAGCUUUCCCGGCGGUCAAGUCGUAAAAGCCGCAGCCACACGAGUGACAAAGGAAAAAGCACACCCGCGCCUCUGCGUACUUUUGACGAGCCUCCAUCUCCUCGUGCUCAAAGAUAUGAGGAAUACGAGCAAGCGCCGCCAUCACCAUGGGCUCAGUCUCCGGCACCGUCUCCCGCGAUCCGAGCUGAGACGGGAGAGAAUCCUUUCUUUGGAAACGCUGUUAUUGACGAAGAGACCUUCAAUCCCAAUCCAUCGCCACAAGAUUACUCAAAUAUACAACCGCUAGAGGCUAUAGGAGUAGACAGGUCGUGGACAGUAUUGCACAUCCCACUGAUUCAUCCCUUACUAUCGAAGCCGGUUCAGUCAUUCCGCUUAGACACCGCUGCUAUGGAAUCAAAAUCGGCAGGGCGAGUGAAAUCGGGUGGCCAGCUUCCCAAGUACUCGGACCCUGGAAAGUUAGCGCGAGGCCCGGACACUUCCAGAGAAAGGGGUACGCCCAUUGCCAUCCUCUCAAUCCUUAGUCCGGUCAUUCCAUACCCCUCGAAUCUUAGGCACUCCUUAGAACACCUUGCACCACAUCUGGCGACCUCCUUCUCCCUCUGCCGUCAUUAUUCCAACCUCGAGAACCAAAUCGCAGGACUAUCUCGGAAACGUCCGCAAACAGCCGGCUUUGGAGCUGUUGCUCCAGGCGGCCGAUUGACUGGAGACCGAAUGGCGUACACUCCGUUUGAUGAAAGUGAGCCUCGACAAUCAGUAGCCGGCAGUCUUACCAGUCCGAGCGACUACUCUGGCGUAUCCAGAAGCGCAGCGGGUUCGCCUAGAGGCACCCCUGGUUGGGAUCCUGCGAAUGUAGGCCUGAGCAUGGACAAACGAUCGAGCGGAGGAAGCCCCUCGGGUAGUACAGCUGAGAGUUAUUUCAGUGCCAAAUCCAGACCAGGCCUAGGACGGGUUGAUACUAGCUCUGGUAGUAGUAUCACUGGAGCUCGACAUCCAUCGAAGGAGAGCUCUCCGGCGGAGGCGAGGGUGCAGCAACGGCCUCGGAGUUCUGAUGAGCAAUUGUUGGAUUCUUCAAGCACCGAGCGUCGAGAAGACCUUGCCAAGGGUAGUAAACUGGAGCCGGAGGAGACUCUUUCUCCAACAAUCACCCCCAAGCAAGAACCCCGCACGCGUCCCGAGCGUGCUUCUCAUCUUAAUACAUCUGAAAAUCGUGACAGUAGCCCUCCUCGCCAUCACCCAGAGUCUCUAUCACCUCGACGCCAGGCCAUCCGCGCAGCUUCUUAUCAUGGUCCAAGCAAGGCGGACCGGCAUCAUACCCAUACUCAGUUGCAUUCGUACGGGGCGGAUUUUGGUGCAACCUUUCAGUCUCUGCCAACGACUUCUGGACCAUCUGCCAAGAAUCAACCCCAUGUAAGACCUCACUCGCGCGCGCCGUCUGUGACCGUCCCGACAGAUAUGCCGCCCCCUUCAGAUCGCCUCAAGGGAUUGAUGCUUGAUUCAUUACCCGCGCACGUGUUUGUUGCAUUGCCGCAGACGGGUGAAAUUGUAUGGGUGAACAGCCGCUACCUAACCUACCGAGGCCAAACUGUAUCAGAAUUGUACGAAGACCCUUGGGGUAGUAUUCAUCCAGAUGAGAGGGAAGAAUACCUCAAGGCGUGGGGUCAUGCGGUGCGGACGGGUGAGCAAUUCUCAAUGCAGGUUCGCAUAAGACGAUUCGACGGGACCUACCGUUGGUUUUACACAAGGGCCGUUGGUUCGCGUGAUAUUCGCGGUGUUAUAGUUCAGUGGUAUGGCUCACAUAUGGAUAUACAUGAUCAGCAUAUUGCAGAGGUGAAGGCUGCUCGACAGGAAGAGAUCGAGGCUUCAGAAGCCAAGCAUAGGCAACUCGCCAAUUUGAUUCCACAGAUCAUCUUCGCUGCAACAGAGGAUGAAGGUGUCGCUUUUGCGAAUGAGCAAUGGCUUUCAUACACAGGUCAAGACUUCAACGAUGCCCUCGGUCUAGGAUUCAUGGAUUUCGUACAUCCUGACGAUCUUGCAAGGUGCCACAUACCGGUUGACCGAGGCGCCAGUCCGUCACAGCGAUACAAGAAACCCCAAGAUCCCAGUCGAAAUCCGUCUCAGACAUCCUCAGAGAAAAAAGCAUCCAGGUCUUCAGCGAUCUCCGAGGCAGGUACCGAGACGACGGUCAAAGGAGCUAACCAGUCUCUCUCCAGAAACAACAGCUCAAGUAGCUCAUCAAUAUAUGACCUCCCCACUGCCGAUCUGACCGAGCUUGCAAAAGCCGGCGUUAUCAAGGUCGCCAUGGAUAGCAACGGGAGGCUCUCUUACACGACGGAAGUCCGACUCAGAAGCAAGACGGGAGAAUACCGUUGGCAUCUUGUACGAUGCGUAGAAGUUGAUAAUAUUAGUCUUGGUAGUCGGGACGGGUCUUGGUUCGGGGCUUGUACUGACAUCAAUGACCACAAGCUUCUGGAAGCCAAGUUAAAGGAGGCCAUGGAGUCGAAGAGCAAGUUCUUAAGCAACAUGUCACAUGAGAUCCGCACACCGUUGAUCGGUAUCUCUGGCAUGGUCAACUUCCUUCAGGAUACGGUUCUCAAUGAUGAGCAACUGGACUACACCAACACCAUUCAAUCAAGCGCCAGCAGUCUUCUCAAUAUCAUUAACGAUAUUCUGGAUCUAUCGAAGGUGGAUGCAGGCAUGAUGAAGCUCUCCUACGAAUGGUUCCAUACUCGAUCUUUGGUUGAAGAAGUGAACGAAAUGGUAUCGACUAUGGCGAUUACCAAGCGGCUAGAGUUAAACUAUGUUGUCGACAUAGAUGUGCCAGAGAUGGUCAAAGGAGACAAAUUCCGGAUCCGUCAGGUCCUCCUCAACGUCAUUGGCAAUGCCAUCAAAUUUACAACAGUUGGCGAAGUUUUCAGCCGCUGCAGGGUUGUUAAGGACGCUGAAAACGUUGGAGAGAAUGAGAUAAUGCUCGAGUAUUCCAUUAUCGACACUGGUCGAGGAUUUACUCAGGAAGAAGCAGACCUUAUCUUCAAGCCUUUUAGUCAGAUUGAUGGAAGCAGUACUCGUCAGCAUGGUGGCAGCGGUCUAGGGCUUGUCAUAUCUCGACAGCUUGUUGAGCUUCAUGGAGGCAAGAUGGAGGGCACUGCGGUUCCUGGAAAAGGCUCCACCUUCACAUUCACAGCCAAGUUUUGCUUGCCAACUCCAGAAGAUCACCCCGAACCGCCUUUAACACCGGCGCUGAGCAAGACGCCGCCAACUACGCUAUCUGCCUCAAAUGAUGCCUCGGCACGUGCUCUGAGACAAGCCGGUGGAAAUCCCAUUCUGGCAAAUAAAUUAAUGCACUCUCCUAUCACUACCAGUCCAAGGACCGAAUCAAGCACCGAUUCUCCUACCGUAGCGUCCUCAGCCAGCUCAGAUCCAUCUCUUCAAUCAAAUCACUCGCACAUUCAGUCGCCUAGCUCUUCAGUUGCUCCUGGCCUGUCUCAUUUUGACGAGGCUGCUCAGAUAGUCAGAUCAGAUCUAUCGCAGAUGAAGCUUGCACUGCCUGAGAAGAAUUCGCCGUCACCCCCUUCCUCCUCCCAAGGUGAUCCCGCUAUCACUUCGCAGUCUGUAAAUGGUUCUCAAUCACAGGAGCUUGCAACAACACCUACUUUUGGGCCGCUGUCUGUUCAUGGCGAUGAUCUGUCUGGGCAGAGCAGUGUAUCUUCCUUGGAUUCGAGGCCUUCUCGCCCGCCUAUGUACUCGAUCCUACUCAUCUGUCCACAGACGCAUAGUCGUGAAGCUACCACUCAGCACAUUGAGAUCACACUGCCCAAGGACGUCCCGCAUCAAAUAACUCCUUUGUCAAGUGUAGCAGAGGCUGAAAAGCUGAUCAGUGGAGAAAAUCCUGUGAUCUUUACUCACAUCGUCUUAAAUCUGGGGUCAACAGAAGAAAUCGUCAAGUUGAUCGAACAGAUUAUCACGUCUUCCCAAUCGCCACAAACUUCUAUUGUUGUUCUCUCAGACCCCGUGCAGCGGCAAGAGGUGAUGAAGAUGGCUGCUGCAUACAACUUUGAAGAGCUUGCAAAAGGCAACCGCGUUACUUUCAUCUACAAGCCGGUCAAACCUUCACGGUUUGCUGUGAUCUUUGACCCCGACAAGGAGCGUGAUCUCAGCACCGAUCGUAAUCGAUCAAGCGCGCAGCAGCAUGUUGCGAACCAGAAACAGAACUAUCUUGAUGUUGGCAAGCGACUUGGUAAUAAGGGUCUCAGGGUACUUUUGGUAGAGGAUAACCUCGUGAAUCAGAAGGUUCUCCUGAAGUUCCUAGGAAAAGUGGGCAUUGCUGUUGAGCUUGCCAUGGAUGGAGUUGAAUGCACAGAUAAAGUCUUCUCACACCCCCAUUCGUUCUAUUCCCUUAUUCUCUGCGAUCUACAUAUGCCUCGUAAAGAUGGCUACCAGACGUGCCGUGAGAUCCGUGAAUGGGAGGAGAGGGAAUCAGCUCCACGUAUGCCAAUCAUCGCCCUCUCCGCCAAUGUCAUGGCAGACGUCCUUGAAAAGUGCGUACGAGCCGGGUUCAAUAGCUACGUGACGAAGCCGGUCGACUUCAAAGCUCUCAGCACCGCCAUGAGUAAUCUCCUGGAUCCAGCUGGGUCGGAGAGGCCUCCGACUUUGAUGAAGGACGAGACCUAG